AUGGCUACUAGAGACAAAGAAGUUGCCCGACGUGGUGUUAGAGAACGUUUAGUUCUCUACACUACUCCAGUACUGACAUCGGUGGUGCUCACCAUCGUUUUCUGUCAACUCAGUCUUCAUCAGUCUCGAUUGCAAGUGCUGGAGAAGUUCAUGAAAGAUUCAAUUGCUACUCUCAAAAUGCAACGCCAAACAACAAAAGACGUCAAUUUACGUGAUCACGACUUGCUUUUGCGUUACACUAGAAAUGACGAAAGUGUGGAGGGUGUACAAACACUGAACGACUAUUUUGGUAAAAUAGCAGAGCAACAGUUGACAAAGUUUUUGAAAGCCCGUUGUGUGGAUAGUAAGAUUCUAUGCAUGCAAGGUAGCAAAGGCGACAAAGGAGACAGAGGAAUAGUUGGUUCUUCAGGUUUGAAAGGCGAAAAAGGUUCAAAGGGAGACUCUGGCUUAGGCAACGACGAUAGAAUUGAGCCUCCAGUUAUUACCAAACAGCCAAGCGAUGUUCUGGCGUCGGAGUCUGAAACAGCCGAGUUUCAAUGCGCUGCUGAAGGUUUCCCAUCGCCUCAAAUUCGAUGGUUGAAGCUGGAGUCGACGCUACCUCAAUCUCGAGUGACCAUGUCAAAGAAUAACUCUCUAGCCAUUACUAACGUUCAUCAUCAAGACGCAGGAACAUACAUCUGUUUGGCUGAGAAUAUUUUUGGCAUAGCAAAAAGCUACGCAACUCUAACUAUUCAAGUUUCUGUCAAAUUUGUUCUGGUUCCUCCAUCAGUAGUGACCGUACAAGAAGGACAAAACAUCAAACUAGACUGUUUGGCAACAGGUUUUCCAUCUCCGACAAUAACUUGGUCACGGCGUCACAAAAAACUUGAGGUCAACAAAGUGAACGUCAACGGAAGUCUUAUCGUUAAGAGUAUUAGUAAAGAUGAUGGAGAUAAAUACACCUGUACUGCAAAAAACAGUCUAGGGAAGAAAACGUAUUCAUUUACAAUUAAGUUGCAACCACUCAAUGGAAGUAAGAUCAUAAGAUUAUGUGUUCAGUCAGUAAACAUACAUUAUGUAAAAUUGUUAUAUAUCUAUACAUAUAAAUUAAAACCUAAUUUUUGAAACUAUUUAUGUUUUCUUAUAGAUUUGUCUUCAAGACUAUAUUUGGAAGUUCAAGUCGAGCUUGGUGAUGAUGUGACUCUUAAGUGCAACCUCUGUGCCUUACCAGGAUUUUCUGUCACAUGGUUGAAACUAAAAGGCAAUAUGACAACAGAUAGAACGAACACAACGGAGUGUUUACUAAUCAUCAAAAACGUUACCCGAAAUGACACAGGAAAUUACUCUUGCGUUGCUAAAUCUAAAAGCAUAUAUUCGCUUGCAGUUUUAAGACAGGAUAUGAAACUUGUAGUCAAAGGCUCAGCACGUGUGACAAGUCGCACUCCUCCUGUAAUAGUUGUCUGGCCUGGAGAAAAUGUAACACUAAAUUGUUCCGGUGUUGGCCCUCCCGCACCUCAAGUCUAUUGGACAAAAGAAUCUCGUCGACUAAAACAUGACAGGGAUGGACAAUUACGGUUUCUGGCUGUUUCUCACAAAGACAGUGCAACAUAUCGUUGCCACGCUGUCAAUUACUUAGGAAGAGACACACAGAGUACGGCUGUAGUGGUUAUUACAAGUCUAGAGUUUGUUCAUCGUCCCCCGGCUUCUGUUGUUGCACUGCUUCGAAACCUAUAACACUCAACUGCACUGCUGCAGUAGCGCCUAAUAUACCUGCAACAACUGCAUGGAUAUUUCCACACAAACAGUGUGGGUUAGGAUCAGCCAAAAGGACUGUAUUACGUAAUGGAUCAUUAGUUAUACGAGAAACAACUGCAUGGGACAGUGGUAAGUACGUAUGUUAUGCUGGCAAUAAAAGGAUUUUGGCGAGUGUGCAAUUGAAAGUGGCAGUGGAUUUGAGAUGGAUGUUGACUAGUGACAGCUGUUGGGGACUUCGUCGGUCUACUUACAACCGCUCGGUGUAUUAUGCUGUUUCUUCGUCAACCACGUGGAAUAAAUCUAAAUUUUAUCAUUGUCCUGAGGGAUACUAUUGGGCGUGCACUGUUGAGGGACGGAAAAUAUUUAAGAAGAACAGCAAUUCAGGGUCAACAUCCGUAUAUUCCGGCCAGUGUGGAUGGAGUGGCUACGACUUUGCAGGAGCAUCAAGGUACUAUUUCAGAUUCCGUGACUCAGCAUCGACAAAUGCUUACAAGCACGCUGGCAGCUAUGACCAGAAGCAAGUACAAACCACCACGGAAACCAAAUACUUUGCUGGAAUUGUAUGCAUUAAAAUAUAGAUUAGUAUUUGUGGUUGUUGUGUGGGUUGUAUUGUAAAUUCGAAUAAAUAAAAAUUUCUUUAUACUUUUUGGUGUUUUUUUAGUUUUUUAUAUGUAUAGCUUUGCA